AUCAAACAUCAAACAAAACGUCAUCAAUCUGUAUUUGUUGACGUUUUUCAUCAGCAGCCACCGCAGUGGAUAUAAAUAACAUUUACUCGAUUUGGUUUAAUUGGUAACGAAAAGACAAACCCAUCGUCGAAUUUAAUGUAGCGUCCGUGCUGCGGUCUGUUCCCUUGACCAGCAACCCACCAACCGGCUGCGGUUGAGCGGUUGUAGUUCCGGCGUGAUAAAAGUAGUGCUCCCCCCGCGAAUCCCUUGCAUCUGUCCCAUUCCUCCGAUUGCAGGCCCCAUUGUUCGUUGUGGAAGAAAAUCACGAUGAGCUGGUUUGCGCCACGAUAGAUAAAACGAGUGUUUGCUGCAUCGACUGAAACUGUACCAUCGCCAGCACAGCAAAUCGGGAGCACGGCUCUUUUCGCCCGCAUUUGCCCCUUUCCCCCCGAUAGAAGUACAGCGGGAACGAUGGACGCCAAAAUAGAACAUGUAUCGGUCAUUCUUCCCGUCAGCAACGAUCCAUUGAUAGUUGGCAAUGUUAGCUCUAGGAAAAGUUUAAAACGGCACUGGAAUCAGCUGUCCCGGUUCCAGAAGAAUUUAGCGUGCAUUUUAUUAGCCGGCAUGUGCAUUUUUUACGUCAUAUUUUUCGUGCUACCAUUCAACGAUCCGUCCCGCAGUUCCGAGGUGAUCGAUCCGAUGGAGCACAUACAGAUAGCACCAUUCAAGGAACGGCAUGAGCGAUUAGCUUCCCCCGUCGUGAAAGAGAUCAAGCUCACCGACAGUCUGGCAAAUCCUCCGACGGAAGAGGCACUUGCAAAGCCGGUAGCCCAACAGGCAGAAGCAAACCUUAUGCAGCUAGAGGUUGUUCACCAGGAACCGAAAGAGAUUGUUGACAACGAGGAAAACGUAUUGGAGGAAAAUCGACGUGCGCCGCUCGCUGGUGCUAAAGACUUUAAGGGCCCAACAAACGACAGACAGCGGGCCGUGGUUGAUGCCGUACUGCAUUCUUGGAAAGGGUACAAGGAGUACGCCUGGGGGCACGAUAAUUUAAAGCCCAUCUCGAUGGGGUACUCCGACUGGUUUGGGCUCGGCCUUACUCUGGUCGAUUCCCUCGAUACGCUCUACAUUAUGGAUUUGCAGGACGAGUACGAUGAAGCACGGGCUUGGGUCGAGAAGUACUUAAAGUUUGACAUUAACCGUGAAGUCAACUUGUUUGAAGUAACCAUCCGUGUCGUUGGUGGGCUGUUGAGUGCGUACCAUCUGAGCGGCGAUCGUAUGUUUCUCGACAAGGCCAUCGAUCUCGGCAAUCGGUUGUUGCCGUGCUUCGAUUCACCGUCGGGCAUUCCGUUUUCCGACGUGAACAUUGGAUCGCUUGCCGCACAUGCGCCUAAAUGGUCGCCAGACAGUUCCACGAGCGAGGUAACGACCAUCCAGCUGGAAUUCCGCGACUUGUCCCGUGCCUCCCAGAAUCCCGUCUUCGAAAAGGUUUGUAAAGUUUGGAGUGAUGAUCAAAAUGAAGAAAUGUAUUACCACACCGGAAUAUGUUUGCAGGUGGCUUCGAGAGUGAAUCUUAAAAUACACGAGCUAGAUAAAAACGAAGGUUUGGUGCCUAUCUUCAUCAACGCUAACACAGGCCAGUUUCGCAAUUUUGCAACGGUUUCGUUGGGAGCGCGCGCCGACUCGUACUACGAGUAUCUGCUGAAACAGUGGCUUCAGACGGGCAAAAAGGCCGAUGACUAUCUUAUCGAAGACUAUCAAAAGUCGAUGCGAGGCGUUCUGAAUCAGCUCGUGCGAACAACUCCGAACGAAAAGCAUGUCUACAUCGGCGAAUUGCUCAAUGGGAAGGACUUCAAGCCCAAGAUGGACCAUCUCACGUGUUACCUUCCCGGCACGCUGCUGCUCGGCUACAAGAACGGAAUGCCUAAGACGCAUCUGCGACUGGCAACCGAUCUACUGGAAACGUGCUAUCAAACGUACAUGAAGCAACCGACCCAGCUAGCACCGGAAAUAUCGUACUUCAACGUGAACGGCGAAUCCGAGACGGACAUCUACGUGAAGACGAACGAUGCGCACAAUCUGCUGCGACCGGAGUUUGUCGAAAGUCUGUACUAUUUCUACGCCAUCACUGGCAACCGAACGUAUCAGGACAUGGGUUGGACGAUCUUUGAAGCGUUCAAUCGCUACACCAAGGUAAAGAACGGCUACACUUCGAUCGGUAACGUGAAAAACCCGCUCAACACGCGGCCCCGCGAUAUGAUGGAAAGCUUCUGGCUGGGCGAAACGCUCAAGUACUUCUACCUGCUGUUCAGCGACGAUCGGAACGAGAUCGAUCUCGACAAGUACGUGUUCAAUUCCGAGGCUCAUCUGCUUCCGAUAAGGGACGAUUAAUGAGCACGAAGUGAUUGCUUACCGGUACAGUGGUAAACACGAGGUCGAGUUUUAUCUAUUUUUAUCUAAGUUUACAAAAAUGUCGCUGACAGACGGCGUUGUACGGCGAUCAGUAAAGGGACAGCCUUCGCGAAAGAGUAAAACAGACUUCCCGAAGCAAACGAUAUUUAUUAGUUAGUGAAAGAUCUACAUUGCGAUCCUUUCGAUACGUACUAGCAAAAUGGGCGGGAUUAAGUGUAAGUUUUGAUUCUGUGUGUUGAUAUCCCCAGGCAAUGGAUAGCACCUAACGAACUGCGGACGAUUGAGAAGAUCGAUUGAGCGCUGUUGCUGACAGCUAUUUCUGUGUAAAUAAGUGUACGAGGAUUUUAGAUAUCGAAACUAGCGUUUCCUACGGCUGUAGUAGCCAAAGGGUCUUUGAUCCUUGAUUGAAUGUUACCAAAAAUGCAGCCGGCGGUGAUUAGAGCUACGCCGAUUUGUACGCCUUGCACAUACGAGAACACAUUCCCGAGCACGUUUCUUUUUUCUUUCUGUUUCUCCAAUUAUUUCAAAACGUUUCCUCUCAACACCCGCACGCCCUUCUGUCUCCACUAUUAGUCGUCCCGGUUUUUCCUCUUUCCUAGGGUUUCCAAUAAGGGGGAAAAGUAAUGAUAAUAUACUAGCGAAUGGAAGUGGCAUACCAGCGCCAAUUUCACGUCGUAAAAUAAUCGAAGGAUUAAAAAACAAAAACAAAAUACUAGAGCUAGUGAUAGGAAUGAUUCGGUUGAUGAUUCCUUACUCUCUUUCGUGUACACUGUUUUCUAGUCCCUCGGUGGUAAUGUAGCAAAAGAAAGUUAAACUCAAUGCAGAACCGAAAGCGGGAAGAGAUAGAAUGGAUUCGGUCGAGACUUAGACACACAAAUACAAACUCUUAUAGAUGGUUAAAUGAUACAAUCAUGAUUUUUCCUUAAGAUUAGCGGUUAAAUAUUAUCUACUGUCUUAAAUUAAUGGUCUUGAUCAGAAUUUUAGAAAAUGCGAAUGAGUAAGAAAAUGGAUCGGAAUAAACAAUCGAUGAGAAUAAA